AUGCUGCUCGCUGGCCGACAACCAGGUCCAUCUGCGAGCUCCUACCCCAGCCUUCCAGUCAAUAGUCGCGCGGGAGGCGGGGCGGGGCCGGCCCUUCCGGGUUCCCGUACCGACCGGGGCGGAGAAGAAAGAAGGGAAUCGACGGGCUCUGAUGACGCUCUCCCCUCCGUGGCGAACCGUGAUGAUGUCAUCGAGGGCCAGCCCUUCCACGAGCGACUCUCUUCCGAGCUGCACCAGAGCAUGAGGAACUUAUGGAGGCAAUUUGGAUUCUCAAGAAUACUUUUCAAAGUGGAAACGUGUAGAAUAUCUGAAUCAGAAUCAUUGGCUCCACUUGCUUGGACGUCACAGAUACAGAAACUUAGCAGAGCACCUGGUAUUUUCUUGCUGGAUCAAAGGAGAAGAUUCUCCACCAUGACUGAAAUAGAAACAAACCAGAGAGACUCUGAAUUGUUUUCACCACCCUCUAAUGUUCGAGGAAUGACAAAACUUGAUAGAACAGCUUUUAAAAAGACAGUCACCAUCCCAGUACUUAAAGUGAGGAAAGAAAUAGUCAAUAAAUUGAUGCGAUCCCUUAAAAGGGCAGCACUGCAGCGCCCAGGCAUAAAACGUGUAAUUGAAGAUCCAGAAGAUGAAGAAAGUAGACUAGUUAUGUUGGAUCCCUAUAAAAUAUUUACUGAUGGUUCCUUUGAGAGAGCAGAACUCGGUAUUUUAAAGCAGCUUAAUGUCAGUCCACAGAUACAUAAAUAUAAUUUGGAACUCACUUAUGAAAACUUUAAGUCAGAAGAAAUCUUGAGAGCUGUGCUUCCUGAAGGUCAAGAUGUGACUUCAGGAUUUAGCAGAGUUGGACAUAUUGCCCACCUGAACCUUCGAGAUCAUCAACUACCUUUCAAGCAUUUAAUUGGUCAAGUUAUGAUUGACAAAAAUCCAGGAAUCACCUCAGCAGUAAAUAAAAUCAAUAACAUUGAUAAUAUGUACCGAAAUUUCCAAAUGGAAGUGCUAUCUGGAGAGGAGAACAUGAUGACCAAGGUUCGAGAAAACGGCUACACCUAUGAAUUUGAUUUUUCGAAAGUCUAUUGGAAUCCUCGUCUCUCUACAGAACACAGUCGUAUCACAGAACUUCUCAAAUCUGGAGAUGUGCUAUUUGAUGUUUUUGCUGGGGUUGGGCCUUUUGCCAUUCCAGUAGCAAAGAAAAAUUGCACUGUAUUUGCUAAUGAUCUCAAUCCUGAAUCCCAUAAAUGGCUAUUGCACAAUUGUAAAUUAAACAAAGUGGACCAAAAGGUGAAAGUCUUUAACUUGGAUGGGAAAGACUUCCUUCAAGGACCAGUCAGAGAAGAGUUAAUGCAGCAGCUGGGACCACUGUCAAAAGAAAGAAAACACUCUGUGCACAUUGUCAUGAACUUGCCAGCAAAGGCUAUUGAAUUUCUCAGUGUUUUCAAAUUGCUUUUAGAUGGGCCGCCAUGUGGCAUUGAGCUCCUUCCCAUAGUGCACUGUUACAGCUUUUCCAAAGACCCUAAUCCUGCUAAGGAUGUUCAGCAGCGAGCUGGGGCUGUGUUAGGCAUUUCCUUGGAGGCAUGCAGUUCAGUUCACUUAGUAAGAAAUGUAGCCCCUAACAAGGAAAUGUUAUGUAUCACCUUUCGGAUUCCUGCUGCUGUGCUCUACAAGAACCAGACCCUGACUCUAGAGAAUCAGGACGACCCACCUCUUAAACGCCAGAAGACAGAUAAAGUCUUUUCAGAAGAAAAAACUCAAAUUGCUUCAGUCACUUCAUUGGAAAUGUCUUCUCCAUCUCCCCAUUAGACCUUUAUGUAAUAAAAUAUAAUGACUUCAUAAAAUUUUAGCAUUCAUUUUAGUACUGAACACUUCUAUUUUACCCUUGCUGUUAUAUCAAAUUAAAAUUUAAAUAAGUCUAUUUUAUCUAAGUGAUAAUAAUUAGAUUAUAAUCUUAUAAUCUAAAUUAUGUCUAAUUUUGUAUUAGAUACAUAUAUUUAAAUAUUGACUGUCUCCUGGGAAAAUAGUUUUUGAAGGUGGGAUAAUUGCCUGCUAACAAUCACUUUGCAGUGAUCCCCAGUUGGAGAGUAUGCCUAAAUUUUAUAUAAGUACCCCUAAACUAGUAAUAAAAAAUGAAAUUAUUUAGAUCAGGAAUGGUAAACCAUGCCUGACAAGCCAAAUCUAGCCUACCACCUGUUUUUGUACGGCAAGUAAAUGACCUGAGAAUGGUUCUUAUACUAACGGUCGAAAAAGAAUUUUAGAAAUCUUGUGACAUGAAAAUUGUAUGAAAUUUGAAUUUCAGUGUCCAUAAAUACAGUUUUAUUGGAAUACA